AUUCGGUAUCUCUGACAUUUAUCCACUUACAAGUCAGUGCUACAUUAAUCAUGCUGUUGAAACGGUUGUAUCUAUGUCUGAUCUUAAUGAUCUUUGUGCCACACAUCAGCGGUCGCCAAGCACGAUGCUUACUACCGAUGAGGACUGGACCGGGCAAGGCCAUUUUGAAGCGAUUUUUCUACAAUACGGCUACGGGAAAGUGCCAGGCAUUCAACUGGGGUGGUUUGGGUGGAAAUGCCAAUAGAUUUAACAAUAUUGUGAUCUGCCGAAGAAAUUGUUUGUAAAAAUUAGAGAGUGUUAGAAAUUUGUAGCUCGUUCAUUGAAUGUCAAAG